UUCCGCAAAUAUCUCGACACUAUCCCAAUGUAUAAUUAAACCACUGCAUCAUAUUAUUACAGUAACAAUGACAUCACAGCAUACCUGAUAGAUAACCAGAAAUAUAACUAUUAUAAAAAUUAAUAAGAAGCAGACGGAAAUGUAAACAUAAAUUUGAACCCGCGACGUUUGAAUGAUUGAUUGUUUUCAUGACCAACGUGUGAUGAGCUGUGAUGUAGUCAACGAGAUAUUUCUCAUACGAUACGCAGAGUUGUUAAAACUCUACUAGUGAAAAUUUCCAGAACAACUAAAAUAAAUGAAAAUAACAUGAAUAUGGAAGAUUUAAAAAGAAGUUCUUUGGUUGAAAUGGAGACGAAAGAAGAGAAUGAUACAGAAAGAAAGGGCAACCCAACACCAGAGCUUACAACGUACGGCGGCAUAAAAUUAGGAUGGAUUCAGGGCGUGCUGAUACCUUGUCUACUUAACAUCUGGGGUGUGAUGUUAUUCCUGCGCAUCUCGUGGAUCGUGGCACAGGCUGGUGUGGCGUUAACCAUUCUCAUCGUGUUGCUAUCGGCGCUUGUGUGCGUCCUCACCACGCUCUCUCUUAGCGCCAUUUGCACUAAUGGACAGGUGCAAGGAGGUGGUGUUUACUAUCUAGUAUCAAGAUCUUUGGGUGCAGAAUUUGGCGCAUCUGUAGGUAUAAUUUUUGCAUGUGCAAAUUCGGUUGCUGCAAGUAUGAAUACUAUUGGUUUCUGCGAGUCCUUAAAUGAAUUGCUAAAGUCAAACGGCCUUAAAAUCAUCGAUAACGAUGUUAACGAUAUAAGAUUAGUGGGGACAAUCGCACUUCUAAUGAUGUGUUUGAUCUGCGCAGUUGGAAUGGACUGGGAGACUAAAACUCAGAAUUUUCUGAUCACUGUCAUUGUUGUGGCUAUCGCUGCGUACGUAACGGGCGCCUUCAUCGGACCCACAAGCGGUGUACAGCAGGCACAAGGCUUCGUCGGCAUUAACUUGGAGACGGCUGCGAUAAACAUUUGGCCGGACUUUCGUCACAGCGACGGCGUUAAUCACAACUUCUUCACCGUAUUUGCCAUGUUUUUCCCGGCAGUUACAGGCGUGCAAGCCGGCGCUAAUAUCUGCGGUGAUUUAAAGGACCCUGCUACAGCUAUACCAAAGGGUACGUUCCUAGCGCUGGCUAUAUCAUUCACAAGUUACCUGGCGAUGUCGGUGCUCUGCGGCACGGGGGCUCUGCGCGACGCCAGCGGGAACCUACAGGACUUGGUCAACAACAAACUAGACUCCUGCAAACCUAAUUGCUUAUAUGGACUACAUAAUAACUAUUCGAUAAUGCAACUGAUGUCACUAUCGAGUUCGUUCAUAUACGCCGGGUGCUGGGCAGCGACGCUAUCGACGGCGCUCACCAACCUGCUGUCAGUGCCCCGACUGAUCCAAGCGCUCGGUGUGGACCGCAUCUACCCCGGACUUAUCUUCUUCGCCAAACCUUACGGCAAGCACGGCGAGCCUUACCGCGGAUACGUCCUUACAUUCCUUGUCUCUCUUUUAUUUCUUCUUAUUGCUAAUUUGAAUACAAUUGCACCACUGAUAACGAACUUCUACCUCGCGUCGUAUGCUUUGAUAAAUUUCUGCACAUUCCACGCCGCAUUCAUCAAGCCCAUCAGUUGGAGACCAUCGUUCAAGUACUACAACACGUGGCUGUCGUUCGUGGGUUUUGUGCUUUGCAUCGCUAUUAUGGUGGUGGUCAGCUGGGUGACGGCACUGGCCACACUGUUCGUCUUCAUAGCGCUCUAUCUCCUGGUGCUCUACAGGAACCCCGAGGGCGUGGACUGGGGAAGUAGUACUGAAGCACACCGCUACAUGGAACUUGUCUGGGCGUUGGUGCAGGCGAGCCGCCCGACGCACUCAACGCAAUCUGGCCAGUCGGCGCAGGCUGCGCACUCUGCGCGCUCAUACCGCCCGCAGCUGUUGCUGCUGGCGGGACGGCCGCCGGCGCGCGCGCAGCUGCUGCAUCUCGCGCACCUCAUCACUAAAGUCGGCUCUUUUGUGGUCGUAGCUGAUAUUACAGAGUCACCGCUGUCAUAUACGGAGAAAACAAGCCGCAAACAGAUCGGCGAGUCGUGGCUGCGUUCUCGUAAGAUCCGUGGCUUCUAUACGUUGCUGGAUGGUUUCUCCUUCGAAAGUGGUGUGCGCGCGUUGAUCCAGUCUGCGGGUCUCGGCAAGCUGGCCCCCAACAUCAUGCUUAUUGGAUACAAGAGUAACUGGAUGAAGGAUCAACCUGACAGUCUGAGAAGCUACGUACGAGUGAUACAGUUGGCAUUCGAGCACCAUCUAGCAUUGGCGGUGUACAGAGCUUCGAGCGAGGCGCUGCGCCGGCGAGCCAACAAGAUAGUGCUGCGAGCACGCGAGGCCGCCGCCAGUCCGCUGGCACGUCCUCAAGCUGAUAUUAUGAAUGCUGACUCUAAUUUAGAUAUAUCCAAUACUGAAGGAGAAAAAGACGAUAAGACGCAACUGACCAACUAUGGUAUGGAGGAUAUGACAAAGUCACUAAUACUGAAGGAGUCCAACGUAUCUCAGACACAAUUGAAAUCUCCAUCUGCUGAAAUCUCCCUUAACACGUAUAACUUCGAACAACCUCUACUGUCAGACAAUGAAAAUGACAGUUUGGACGCUUGGUGGUUGUACGAUGAUGGCGGACUGAACAUUUUGCUGCCGUACAUUAUCGCGCGCCACAAGACAAAGAUACCACUCAGAAUAUUCGCCUUGGCUAAGGCUGGGCUGCAAAUAACAGACGCUGAGAAUCGUAUGAGAGAUCUUUUGAAUAAGUUCAGGAUCGACUACUCCUCGUUGACGAUGGUGCAAGGAAUUAAUAAAAUACCAACGCAGCCCAGCAUUGAUUUCUUCGCAAGUCUCGUUCAGCCGGUGAUGAGAAAUGAAAGUAACGAAUGUUUUAUCACGGAAGCGGAACUGGACGUCCAUAGAGCAAAGACAUACAGACAACUCCGACUGCGCGAAUUACUUCUGGAAAAUUCCAUCGACGCAUCGCUUGUUGUAAUCACCUUGCCUAUGCCCAGAAAGGGCGCGGUGUCUCCCGCACUAUACAUGGCAUGGCUGGAAGUGCUGAGUCGCGACUUACCUCCUGUGCUGUUCGUACGAGGAAAUGAUUCUUCAGUACUAAGUGCUUGAUGGCAUUUAAUUAUACUUUAGUUUAGAUGUUUUUAACUACAAACUAUAUACGUCACAUAGCAGUGAGUUUCCACUGUCGUCACACUUGUUUGAAGAUAAUUCGUUAUAUCUUUUGUAUCAAAGACAAUGAGGAUAAAAAGAUGUUUUUGAACAGUGUUACAUCAGUGGAAACUAACGCUAAGACAUUAUUUAAUUAGAA